CAUGUGGAGUGCAGAUUUUUAUGGGUUCCUCAUCACAACUGUCCCCUCCAUGAAUACGUGUUCUUUUAGCAAAGAAAGAGUUAUCCCAUGUAAUCAGAUUUUAUCAAAUAUUUGCUUAGCGUUUGCAUCAAAUUGGGCUCAUUGAUGUAUCCACACUGAUCCUUCCACGUUGUUGUGUCUGAUUAUUAUUGCCCACGUUUCAAUCUGUGAGAUUUCAUCCAAGGAAGGUCUAUUGAACCAGUCAGCAUUUUCUUCUCUGCUUGCCCCACCUCAUUUUCUCUCUAUAUAAAUGUGAUUAUAACUGUCAUAAUGACUAGUAGAUUUUCUCACAAUUACUUGAUAAGCAUUCCAGAGAAGUUAUAAUUGUUGUAAUUCCAGAGAGGAUUUCAAAAGACAUUCGCUCUACAAUGGCUGAUGGCAAUAGCACCCCAAUCUGUGAGCUGGAAGAUGAAUGGAUCGAUGUGGGUGAUGAAGGUAGCAACCUGGUAGAUGGAUGGAUGUAUGUGGACGGUGGGGUGAAUGGGCAGCCCACAGUGGUAGAACUGACACAGGAGGACACACAUUUAGGUGGUGUAAACACAAAAGCCUAUUGCUGCUUCUGUAAUGUUAUGCCCAAGGAUUUGAUUCAAAUUUUGCCCAAAAUGUCUGGGAGGCCCAGGGCUGAUUUGCUCAUAGUAACCACUCGCCAGGCUUCAGAAACUCAAACAAGGAAGCAGGAUCUUCCAGGCUUCCUUUCACAACUUCACUGUGAAGUAAAAGCCACAGAUGAAAGAAGUGAUGCUUUAGCAGAUAGAGUGAAGGAGCUAUUGAUGAGAGGAGGAGUUAAAAAUGUGAGACAAAAAACUUUCGUCAAGAGAGCUGAGGGUGGGGCACAAUCUACACCCAGUGUUCAUAACUAUAUCUCUGACAUAGCCCUCUGCCAAUUGUCAGUCCAAGCAAAGAGAGAUGCCACCUUUCAUUACAAUCUAGGAAGGGCAUUAGCACCAUUAAAGCAUGAGGGAGUUGUUAUUCUGGGUAUUUGUAACAAUGUAGGACUCACCCAUUUACAGACAAGUAGUCCUCCACUCAUUUGGGCUGAGGCAUUUGAUAAGUGGCUCAGUUAUCAUCUGCUUCAUAAAAGGUUUGAAGAGAUCAUUCAAUUUGAAAAUAGUUUUCCUCAUGCAAGUAACGUCCAAUGGUUAGCAGAACGGUUAUAUCCAUUACUCGUGGCUUUGGGUGCAGCAGGUGAAGGAGCCAUUGCUGAGCGUCUUAAUGAUGGAUGGUCAUUCUCCUCACAAUCUUAAACCAGGGCAUGCCAUUUAAUUCAUUCUUUGCUUGCUCUUUCUUGUAUAUUUUGAAUUCUUGUAGAGAACUGAGAUGGAAUCAAAUAAUUUGAUGGAAUUAAUCAAAGGUUAAAAGAGGUUAAAAUUUUGUAGUGAUACAGAAAGUUUUGAUGAUAUAAAAGCCCAUUUCAAAUCA